UCAAAGACUUGCGUUUGUUUUUUCAGGGGAGCAUUCGAUCUGCAUUUACGAAGACAAAGUUUUACCCGGACAUAAGUACGCUGGAGCAGUUGGAAAAAUCCUUCUCAAAAAUACAUUUCGCUUCCUCCGACCAGAGCUUGCUGUUUGGGCGUGGGAUCAGCAACCUCUUUGACAGAUUGAACAAAAAAAUCUCACCUAUCAACACGUCUUUCCUGAAUAUGUUGAGGAUGGUCGAUGAGGAUGGCACUCCAUUCGUGGCUCCCCGAGAUGACGUCAAAAUAUUCAUAUCCAUCAAAAAUAUGCAGCACAAAGUACUCUUCCUGAAAGAAUGCCCUCGACAAUAUUUCUAUGGGUUUAUUUCCGCUACAAAUUUCCCUUGGGCCGACGAGGUGGAGAUGACGACGCUGCGCCUAGUCGAGGCAGGAAUACCGGUGUGGUACCAGCGCAUGACGGACUACGCUGCGCAGACGCACCGCAAGCCGCCGCCUCACACCGGCUACGUCCCGGUCAGCUUAGACCUGGUCACUGAGCCUUUUCUUCUCUAUCUUGUCGGAGUCGUUUUAGCUUUUACUUCCUUUGUAGUUGAAUUGUAUUUGAGAUGA